AAAUUAGUAUCGGAAAUGAUCGUCAUACUUACUCCCGAAUAUAGCCACGUGGCAGCAGUGAUGAGCCAGAAGAGAUAUUUACAUGUUGUGGAGAGGGUGUUCAAGGGAUGGCCAGCCCUUGUCAUGGCCGUAGACAACUGUUUUGGAGGACCAAAUAGUGUGGAAAAGGCUGAAUGGAUGAUUGAAGUCACUGGAGAGUAUAUACUUAACAACUGGCCGGUGUGUGUUGAUGAAGUGGAGGACUAUGUGGGUGCUAUUAUGGACCAAGAGUUCAACACUGUACUGGAGGAUGGCAGUCUGUCUCAAAUCUCUAAACAGCUGUGUGACUUGAGACAGCUCUGUAUGGACAGCUCUUCCAUAGCAGUGGAUGAGUACUUCUCACAGCUCCAAGCUCCCACCAGCUUAGACAAGACAGUGCAGUGCUCGACUGACCCCAGUAAUUAUGUGCAGUGUUCGACUGAGACUCAGGACCCCAAUGAUUGUGUGCAGUGUUCAACUGAGACUUACCCCAGUGAUUAUAUGCAGUGUUUGACUGACUCCAGUAAUGAUGUGCAGUGUUCAACUGAGACUCAGGACCCCAAUGAUUAUGUGCAGUGUUCAACUGAGACUUACCCCAGUGAUUGUGUGCAGUCCAUGCAGAGCUUGAAACUGAGUAGUGAAGCUGAAGGUAAAGCUAGCUUUGAAGGUGAAAAAGAUACAAUAGUGGGUGACGGAUGGACUGUAGUAUCCAAAGGAAAACAAAAGCAGAGAUAACAUUUUAUUGUGUGUGCGUGUGUGCUUGCUAAAUUAAUUUAUUCUGAAGAAAGUUUCCGAACAUUUUUUUUAUUGACGUCA